AUGCGCUUAAAAUACUCGGAAGAUCAAAAUAAGACAAACGUCAGCCUUGGCCCUUUAAUAAAUACUCCCAAAACAUCAACAACAGGUCAUCAAGACGACAUCAUCAUGUCACGCGUGGCUCAGUUGGAUUCACAAGAGCUUUCCAAUGAAGUGUAUCGCUUGAUAUGGGAAGACUUCCAAUCCCAUCUCCAACCAAAUAACCAUAAGGAAGAACUCAAGCUCCUGAUACACUCGCUUGUAUUCUAUUUUGCGAGUAGCUAUUCAACAAGAUCGGCAUCAACAACAACAUACGCAUCAGUAUUAUCUGGCGUUAACUUCAAGUGCAAGAAAAGGACACUCUAUUUGGUCACAAUUUUGGCAAACUACCUGCACUCCAAGGUCUCACAUAGGGUUUUCAAUUCAACCAGUAAGCUCGCACUACGGCUGUAUACCCUUGUUGCACACAUCUACAUCAACAUGGAUCUACUCAACUCAAUUGAUUUUCUACUAUCGGCAUCCUCGAACAGAUCCACUUUUCUGUCACCCUUGCAUAGAUUACUAGGAGUAUCAUCUACGGCGGACACUGAACAUCCCAAAGAUUUCUACCAAAAUACUGUUUACGCAGGAAUAGAAUUCCAAAACAGGCAGUUACUGUGGAAUGCAAUAUUAGAAUUGUUCAAUAUGACACUUUUAAACAACGCUCGAUGGUUCAUGAACAAGCCCAAAUCAAUCCAAAAUAAAGAAAUAAACAAAAAUAGUGUACACUGUCCCCAUUGUGGUGAAUUUCCGGUGAACCCAUAUCAAAUGACAUGUUGCAAUGGCGUAUUCUGUUACAUCUGUGCGGUUACUGCUCUGGAGUGGUCACACUGCUGCCAAUGUGACAAAACCAAAAAUUUAAGUGCCAAACCAUUUUACUAA